UCUGAGAGACACCACCGAGGAAGGGAGAGAGACUCCCCAGCAAAAUGAGGGCCGGGGAAUUAAGCUGAUGACCAGAAAAAAAAUAUAUAAAACGUGUCAAAUGAAAAUUGAAAAAGCAUAGCCUUCGAUGCAAAACUGUAUUAUUGGUUUUUUUUUUUUUUUUUGCACCAGCGAGUAAACAAGGGCUUCGGCGUCACACCAAAAAGGAGAACGGAGAGGGAGGGAGAGACAGGAAACCUAAAUCAGAUCAGCUGUUUGUUUAGGUGUGCGACUGUCCGUCAGAUAGAAAGUGCGUGUGGAGGUUGCUGUAUUCCUGUCUGCGGCGAAGCCACAGGGAUCCAGGGUAGAGCCCCGCUCUGUCUCUCUCUCUCUCCCCCUCUCUCUCUGGGGCGGCAGUAUGCUGGGCUAUCGAGGCAGAGAGGAUGCAAAGCGGAGUCGGCCGCGGAUGGAUCUGUGAUGCGUUUCUAGGUGGAUCCUCACCAGGCUCGGAGGAACCACAGGGAGCAGCGAAAGCCAGCGGCUACAGCAAGGGGCGACAGCACUGCGUUUGCGUGUCAGCAGAAGGAGGCGGCGGAGGGGAGGGGGGGUGCAGUGGGAAGACGCAUGUCCGCCAGACGGCUUUUACCGUCACCUACGCUACGGCCUGCAGGAGGUCUAGGCGGGAAUAGGUUUUCCGGGAGGAUGGUUUAAGGAGGCCUGACAGGGGACGCCCUCCAGGCAAUCUGAUUCAGGUACACCCUCACUACCCCCCUACCCCCCAACGGCUUCGCUCCCCCGGUCGGACUUACUUCUCUUUUUCUGGAUCGGGGGAUUUUCCAGAACCUGUUUCAUGCAUGUCCACUGGGGGCAGGUUCGACUUCGAUGAUGGAGGGUCAUACUGUGGAGAGUGGCAGGAGGGCAAGGCGCACGGCCGCGGCGUCUGCACCGGGCCCAAGGGGCAGGGCGAGUACUCAGGCUCCUGGAGCCUUGGGUUCGAGGUGUUGGGCGUCUACACCUGGCCUAGCGGGAACACUUACCAAGGCACGUGGGCCCAGGGCAAGAGGCAUGGAAUCGGGGUGGAGAACAAGGGCAAGUGGGUGUACAAGGGCGAGUGGACAAACGGACUCAAGGGACGCUACGGCCUGCGGACGAGCACGAGCACCGGAACCAGGUAUGAGGGCACCUGGAGCAACGGCCUGCAGGACGGCUACGGCACUGAGACAUACUCCGAUGGAGGGACGUACCAGGGUCAGUGGGCGGGCGGGCUGCGGCAUGGCUAUGGCGUGCGGCAGAGCGUGCCAUAUGGCAUGGCGGCCGUCAUCCGCUCCCCGCUGCGCCGGUCAAUAAACUCGCUCCGCUCCGAGCAGGGCAACGGGGCGGCGCCGCACCCGGAUGGGGCGGGCGGGACGGCGGGCGGGACGGCGGGCAGCCCGGCGGCAUCGCGGGGCGGCUUCGCCCUGACGGCGCGGGGCGGUGAGAUGGAGCCGCCACGCGGCAAGAAGAAGGGCCUGUUCCGCCGCUCCAUCCUCAGCGGCCUCCGGCUGCGCAAGUCUGAGUCGCGGAGUUCGCUGAGCAGCCAGCGCAGCAAGCAGAGCUCCUUCCUCAGUGAGGCCGGCGUGAGCACCGUCAGCUCCGCCGCCUCCGACGUCAACUCCACCACCAGCCUGGGCGAGGGCGAGGCCGAGCUCUCAGUCGCCGAGGACGACCUGGACGCCACCACCACCGAGGUGUACGCGGGGGAGUGGCGCAACGACAAGCGCGCCGGCUGCGGGGUGAGCCGGCGCUCCGACGGGCUGCGCUACGAGGGCGAGUGGGCGUGCAACAGGCGCCACGGCUAUGGCUGCACCACCUUCCCCGACGGAACCCGGGAGGAGGGCAAGUACAAGCAGAAUGUGCUGGUGAGCGGCAAGCGCAAGAACCUGAUUCCGCUGCGCGCCAGCAAGAUCCGCGAGAAGGUGGACCGUGCCGUGGAGGCCGCCGAGAAGGCCGCCAACAUCGCCAAGCAGAAGGCCGAGAUCGCCCAGGCCAGGACGGCCCACGCCCAGGGGAAGGCCGAGGCAGCUACAGGCGCUGCGCUGAAGGCCCAGGAGGAGUGCCGGCUGGCCAGGGUCACUGCCAAAGAAUACUCCCCCUCCUUCCAUCACCAAGGAAACGAAAUUGAGUGCCAAAGGCCAAAGCAUCAGACCUCGAGCGAGAACGAAAUCGAAGUGAUGUCCAGUGGCGUGCACGGCCGCACCUCCACACCCCCCUGCCACCCGCAAAAGCCCCCCCACCGCACCAAGAGCGCUCGCUUCCUCCGCCAGAGCGCUGUGGAUGAUGAGCACGGCGCGGGCGAGAUCCAGGUGCUGAUGGAAGGGCGGGGCAGCGGGUGCGGUGGCAAGUAUCCACAGGCUAAGAGUUGGAGAGAGGACAAAAGCCCCUCUGGGGACGGCAGCGUCAGCAGUAGCUGCUCCAGCACCCCCUCCCUGCAGGACGAAGUGUGGGGGGUCCACACCAACGGCUACAACCACGCCUCCUCCAACCAUAAGCCCCAGGAACAUGCCUUCUCCAACCACAAGCCCCGGGAACAUGCCUUGUCCAAUCACAAGCCCCGGGAGCACGUCUCGUCCAACCACAAGCCCCAGGAACAUGCCUUGUCCAAUCACAAGCCCCGCGAACAUGCCUCAUCCAGUCACAAGCCCCGGGAGAAUGUCUCGUCCAAUCACAAGUCGCAGGAGCACGCCUCCUCCAAUCACAAACCCCGGGAGCGUUGGGCGGACUGGACUAUGCAGCGGGCGCUCAGUGAGAGCCAGGCACACUCCAGGCUACUGGAGCAGGGCGACGAGAGGCUGAGCAACUACGAGAUGGAGAUGAGGCCGCUCCAGCCUAUGGACUCCACCUCCCAGAAACACCACACUCACACUGAGCCCCGCCCCAGCACCCUGCAGAGACAGUGGCCCAAAAGCCAGGAGGGCAGGGAGGGGGCGUGGCCAACGGGGGCCCCAGGUUCAGUGCAGAAGUUGGACCUCAUCCUUGCUCCUACACCAAUAUGUUCACCCACUGCACUAGAACAACAGGAAGAACCUCUCAUGAAAUCAAACCUCAAAUCAAACCAGGGUUCCAGCUGUAUUCUGGUUGUCAUGGUGAUUUUGCUAAACAUCGGAUUCGCCAUUUUGUUUAUUCACUUUUUUAUUUAAGCAGUGCAAUGCCUAUGAAAUCUGUAUGUAUUCUUAUGAAUUAAUACAUUAUUGUGACUAUUCACUCCCUGCCAAUUUUGUUGAAACAGAAAGGAUGAGAAGGCGAAUUAAAGGAUACACCCACUUCUGGGCUGUCUCCUGAUGUUCCUGUUUCUACAGGCAUUUUCAUUCCAAAACAUCCUGAUAACAUAUUUAUUGAUUAUAUUAUAAAUACUAUUAUUCUUGCUUUUAUAUUCCUGACUUGCCUUUUUAGAGGUGAUGCUGAGGGGUAUUUCAGUGCAUUUUGGAAUUAAACUCUGAAGUGAAUAUUGGCAUGGGCAGCUAGUGUGGUUCUGCAACUCCUGUGGGUGGUUCUAUUCAUCCAUUGCCCAUGGCUGACCCCACCCCACACAUACCCCAGGGAAUCAGGAAGCGAAACAGAGGGACAAUAAACCAGGGCAGCUCUCGAAAACCGUAUGCAAAAGAAACACAGGUCUGCCCAAAAGGGCUUCAUCACUGCGUUCCAUGUUGGCGCGGAAACAUUUUCCCCACCAUGGCGAACAGGAACCUUCGCUGCUGUUCGUGUCAUCACCAUUCCCUCUCCCAUCCCCAUCAUCUGCUCCCCAGCGGGCGGUCAUCCAUCACUAUUACUGGGAAAAUAUUUUGGUCAUCCCCUCCACAACCUCUUGGGGCGUCGCUCGGGGCAAAAGACGCUGCAAUCCCCACCUCCCCCACCUCGUAGAUUUCCCAGACUGUUAUGCUUUUACUGUGGCUUCAGAGAAAACUAUUAAUUUUCUAGCUAUUUGCAAGAUUCUGAAGAAAAGAAAAAAAAUGCCAACUGCCUUGUUUUUUAAAGCAAAAGUAAAUUGCAUGCUCACGUAUGUUUUUGUUUUGUAUAGAUAAAAUGUUUAAAAACAAAUCUCUUCUAGUUUUGGAAGCUGUAUGCCAGGAUCGUUAAAAAGGGUUCAAAGUUCAUCCUUUCUCUAGGAUUUGCUAAGAUGCUGUGUGAUAUAAAUGAUAUGAAACUGACCCUGUGGUCACCUGUUAGUUUUCUUUUUUCUUCUUCUCAGAGCUAACUUACAAAGACUGGAUGUUUUUAUAGCAUGUCUGUGAGGGCCAAAGGUCCCCCUCAUCAGUAACAUCUACAGUAUGUAUGUAUGUAUCCCCCUUCUCUCUAGCCAAGAGAAAACACUCCAGUAACAAUGUAAUAGCGUGCUACGUAAUCAAGUUGUUUACUUUUCAAGAUUUAUGCUUACCAGACAUGAAUUCCCGAGCCUUGCUGAGAAAUGACCAAAACAAGGGUAAAAAUCUGCCGAGUGAUACAAUUUAUCUGCUACUGUAUUUUUUGUAGUGUACCAUUUUCACUGGAAAUCUCCUUCCCCUGUGACAUCACUGCAUGUCCCAGCAUGCCCUGCUCAUCCCUCCCUGUCCUUUUAUUUUUUAUUUUGCGGCGGUUGUUUGUUUCGAGUUGUGUCGCAGAAAUAAUGAAAGUGUUUGAAAGUAGACUUCUGUCUUGUGGUUAUUCCGCCGUUUUUCUUCACCAAGCCACUCCAAGGUCUCUUGUAGCUCCCCACCCGUCCCCCAUAUGUAUAUCUCUCCCUCUUGUCUCUCUCCCUCUCAA